AUGCUUGUGUCAUCAGACCGCUCCACUUGCCUCCCAGCUGCAGUUACACUGACCUCUGAGUUGUUGUUCUCCUUCCACUCUCCCCACCAUACCCGACCCUUGAUACCUCACUAUUCUUUGAAGAUUUUCUGUUUCAUUGUCACUCCUAUUUCUACCUUGAUUUCAACAUCCAUGUGGAUGAUCCUUCAAAUCAGCUUCUCUGCCAUUCCUGUUGAUCUUAUCUUCCCCCUCAUCUCAGCCACUCCUGUCCUAGUCAUCCUCUCGACUUUGUGGUUACCAGUCAAGUUACCCCGACAAGUCUCAAUUCAAGCACUCUCUGAUACUCCUCUUCGAACCCCUCCCACAAGUUUGCAGCCCACUUCCUCCACUACUGACUCCAACUGCCUUUCUUAUUAA